AUGGAUGCUGAGAUAAACCGUAUCUUGAACAGUCGGGAACCGUUGAUAACUUUUAUAGAUACCCAAACUGUCUCCUUGUUCAUUGUCAAUAUGAUACACUCGUUGUUGUUGUAUUAUCAGAGUGUUGCAAAUCAAAGAGGUUUGAUCAACACAGAGCAAAGUUUGACUACGCUUGCACUGAUUUCGUAUUACUACAGUGGUGUCUUAUCUCGGCCAUAUGAUUACAGUUACUAUAGAAGAUUGAUUCAACUUUUGAGUCGAUUGCGAUCUCCAGUGGGAUCAUUGUUCCAAUUUGAUCAAGAAAAUUUUGAAUUCAAUCUGGAAACUCGUCGUUGGGAAGUAACAGAGAUGUUGGAUAUGGAUCAGCUGUUACGAAUCUUUUACAAGUCAGCACUAGACAUUCAUCGCUUUGCGCCACCGCCACUACGUCAGUUUACGGCACCUACUGAGCAACAAGUUCAACACGAGCCUGUUUUACGACAAAGAUAUACUGAACCUCUCGUUCAAUUAGUAGAUCGGGCAUUUCCUCAAGAAGAAAGAAGAAACUUUCGAGUGAGAGUAACUCGACUUGCACAACGACCUCCACCACGCGACUAUACAGCUCCGAACGUGCAACAAGAUCAGCCCGGACUUCCUUUACGUCAGAGAGGAACACUCUUUGCGCCACUGCCUACUAGUGACUACACGGCUCCGACCCAGGUACAAAGUGUAGAGAUAUUUGACAUUGGGCAGUAUCAAGCUGAUCCUACCGCACCAAUAUGGCCAUUGAUAUUCGAAAGAGAAGCGUAUAAUCGUAGUACUGGGCAAUUUCGUUUCUAUGUCAAUUUGAUUCAAAGGGAAGGUAUCACACAGAAAGUAAUUGACACUCUCUUGAGUUGUCUUGCCUUUGAAAUAUUUAACUUGCACACGCCUGCUACAAUUGCAAACUGCUUGGUUCGAGGCAAACAAGUAGAAGAUAUCACUUUGAGGGUAUUACAGUCAGAGGAUCAGUUUAAUGCCACUUUCAAUGUCAAUACAGUUCAUAUUGUAGAUGCCACUCUGCUCGACUCUGCCAAAGACAUUUUCCCUGACCCCUCAACUAGAGAUAUUGCGACUUUAUAUGUACAAACAAUCUCUUCAGCAGCAAGAAUCAAAUAUGUCUACUGUCGAGUCGCCUAUCUUUAUAUGAUAGCCAAUUUUAAUUCAGGUGGUUUAUAUACUGAAGCUCAAGAGUUUCAUAAGCUCGUUGUAGAAAGAAUGCAGGCCUUGUUUCGUUUUUUCCCUGUUUUUAGAAGCGACAUCAACCUUCUUCGAUUUGGUAUUAUAAGAGGUGUUAAUCGUUUACACUUCCACAGAAAUACUACAUUCAUUUAAGUAUCUGAAUAAACAAUAAACUGAC